CAACACCAAACCAAAAAAAUUAGAGAGAGAGAGAGAGAGAGAGAGAUAGGGUUUCCCAAAGACUGAAAAAAGAGCUCUCUGCUUCCCUCUGUUUCGAUUCCGAUCCCCCCAAAACGCCGUCGUUUUUGUUAUUGGGCCUCGCCGGAUCUACUCCCCCCCCCUUUUCUCACACUGAAAUAUCACGCAGAUCUGUGCCGACGAAAAUUCGGUUUAGAUGAGUCCACCUGCUGUGCUGAACAUGGAAGAUACGAAGCCGGAGGUCUCUGCAUCCAACAAUUCGAAUUCGGGAACUGGAGAUUUGGACCCUGUUAAAGCUCGAUUUACUGAUUUGUGCAAGAAUGGAUUGUCGUUGGACGAGAACACGCUCACGCAAGCUAUUAAGCUGCUGAUAGAAACGAAACAUGUUCUAAUAUCAAAUUUAUCAGCUAUCGGAAAUGGAACGCCUGAAGAAGCAGAACGGUUCUGGUUUUCGUUUGUUUUGUUCUCGGUGAAAACAUUGAGUGAGAAGAGUUCAGAUAAUUCACAAAAGGGGUCUGAUGAUAAUGGAUUCUCUCUCAUCCAAAUUUUGAGAGCUGCUAAACUGAACAUUGUGGAUUUCUUUAAGGAGCUUCCACAGUUUAUUGUUAAGGCCGGCCCAAUUUUAAGUAAUCUGUAUGGUGUAGAUUGGGAGAGCAAACUUGAGGCAAAAGAGUUGCAGGCCAAUUUUCUGUACUUGAGCCUUUUAAGCAAGUACUUCAAAAAAGCAUACCGGGAAUUCUUCUUGACAAGUGAUGCAACUGUUGAUAAGAAGUCAGCCAUUACCAAUGGAGCUGGCUAUGUGUCAGAGUAUCAUAGAUUUGGAUGGCUGCUGUUUUUGGCCCUUCGGGUACAUGUAUUUGGGCGAGUUAAAGACCUGGUGACAUGCACAAACGGCUUGGUUUCCAUAUUGGCAAUUUUAAUUAUUCACGUCCCUGUUCGCUUCAGAAACUUUAGAAUCCAUGAUUCACCGCGUUUUGUGAGGAAAGGCAACAAAGGUGUGGACCUGCUUGCAUCACUUUGCAACACUUAUGACACCUCAGAAGAGGAGCUGAGAAAAACAAUGGAAAAGGCUAAUACAUUGAUAUCAGAUCUUUUGAAGAAGAAGCCUUGUUUGGCAUCUGAGUGUAAAAAUGAAAAUCUAAAGAAUAUUGAUACAGAUGGUUUGACCUAUUUUGAAGGACUUCUGGAUGAACCUUCUUUGUCAUCCAGUUUAGAUAUUCUAGAAAAAGAUCAUGAUGAUGCAAUUCGGAAUAAGGGUGAACUGGAUGAGAGAGUAUUUAUAAAUGAGGAGGACAGCUUACUUGGUUCAGGGAGCUUGUCAGGAGGGUCCUUGAAUUUAUCUGGUGUGAAGAGGAAAUUUGAUUCAGUGGCCUCCCCAACAAAGACAAUUACAAGUCCACUCUCUCCCCAUCGCUCUCCAGCUUCGCAUGUUAAUGGUGGUGUUAAUUCAAAGAUGGCAGCUACACCUGUGAGCACUGCAAUGACAACUGCAAAGUGGCUUAGGACCUUUAUUUCCCCACUUCCAUCAAAACCCUCACCCGAGCUCGAGGGUUUUCUGGCAUCAUGUGAUAGGAACGUUAGUAAUGAUGUGAUACGCAGGGCGCAAAUAAUACUUGAGGCCAUAUUUCCAAGUAGUGCUUUGGGGGAGCGAUGUGUAACUGGUAGUCUGCAAAGUGCUAACCUCAUGGACAAUGUGUGGGCAGAACAACGAAGACUGGAAGCACUCAAGCUUUAUUAUAGAGUUUUGGAAGCAAUGUGUAGGGCAGAGGCUCAAGUUUUGCAUGCUACUAAUUUGACCUCUUUAUUAACAAAUGAGAGGUUCCAUAGAUGCAUGCUAGCAUGCUCUGCUGAGUUAGUCCUGGCAACACAUAAGACGGUCACAAUGUUGUUUCCUGCCGUACUAGAAAGGACAGGCAUUACAGCUUUUGAUCUUAGCAAGGUGAUAGAGAGCUUCAUUAGACAUGAAGAAUCUCUACCAAGAGAAUUGAGACGACAUCUAAAUUCAUUGGAAGAACGACUUUUGGAGAGCAUGGUAUGGGAGAAGGGUUCCUCAAUGUACAAUUCUUUGACAGUUGCUAGGCCUGCCUUCUCGGCUGAAAUCAACCGUCUCGGGUUAUUAGCAGAACCAAUGCCAUCUUUGGAUGCAAUAGCUUUGCAUAUCAACUUCUCUUGUGGAGGGUUGCCUCCAGUAGCUUCUUUACAGAAGCAUGAGACUUCCCCAGGUCAGAAUGGAGAUCUCAGGUCUCCGAAGAGACCCUGCACAGAAUAUAGGGGUGUCUUACUAGAGCGAAAUUCCUUUACUUCUCCAGUGAAGGAUCGUCUCCUGGCCUUAAGUAACCUUAAAUCAAAGCUGCCACCGCCACCUCUACAAUCUGCUUUUGCAAGUCCAACACGACCAAAUCCAGGAGGUGGAGGGGAAACAUGUGCAGAAACUGGAGUUAGUAUUUUCUUUAAUAAGAUCAUCAAGCUGGCUGCUGUAAGAAUUAAUGGUAUGGUCGAAAGGUUGCAAUUGUCUCAGCAAAUCAGGGAGAAUGUUUAUCGCCUCUUCCAACAAAUACUUGUUCAGCGGACAUCUCUCUUUUUUAACCGCCAUAUUGACCAAAUUAUCCUUUGUUGUUUUUACGGGGUUGCCAAGAUUUCUCAACUAAGUCUUACAUUUAGGGAAAUCAUACACAACUACAGGAAGCAACCACAAUGCAAACCACAAGUUUUUCGAAGUGUCUUUGUUGACUGGUCAUCAGCUAGACGCAAUGGGCGGCCUGGACAGGAACACGUAGAUAUCAUUAGAUUUUACAAUGAAGUAUUCAUUCCUUCUGUCAAGACCCUGCUUGUUGAGCUUGGGCCAGCUGUUACAACUACAAGAGCCAAUGUAGUUCCUGAAGCUAACAACAACAAUGAUGCUCAAUGUCCAGGAUCACCUAAAGUAUCCACCUUUCCAAGUCUCCCUGAUAUGUCUCCAAAGAAAGUAUCUGCAGCACACAAUGUAUAUGUAUCUCCAUUGCGAUCAUCAAAGAUGGAUGCCUUAAUCUCACAUAGCUCAAAGAGCUAUUAUGCUUGUGUUGGGGAGAGUACUCAUGCGUAUCAGAGCCCUUCAAAAGAUCUGACAGCCAUUAACAACCGCUUGAAUGGCACACGAAAACGCACACUCGACUUUGAUAAUGUGGAUGUAGGGGUUGGUUUGGUUAGUGAUUCUAUGGUGGCCAAUAGCCUGUACCUUCAAAAUGGGAGUUGUGCAUCCUCAUCGGGUGGACCAUUGAAAACCGAGCAACCUGACUUGUAGUCCAACUGCUGUAUAGUUUUUGUCUAUGUAAAUCUAGGUUUUUUUGUUCUUCAUAUUUUAUGCAACACAUACUAUGUUUAUGACAUGGGGUCCUGAAUGAGUGGCGAGUUACUGUAGAAUGGCCACCACAGACCCCUUUUCUCUCAAGUGCUAAUGUAUGUUAGUUAGGUAGGAGACUCUUGAUUUAAUAAAAUGUUUUGGUUUUCGCCUUGGUCUUCAA